AUGGAGGUCACCCUUCCUCUUUCUCUUGAUAUUGAUGAUGGUUAUGAAUGGCUUGCUAGUGAUUCCUCUGUUCCUAUUUUCAGCUCUUUCAGUACGUGGGAAGCUUUGAGAUCGAAGAUGGAGGUCAAAGAUUGGCAUGAUGUGGUCUUGUUCAAAGGAGCGCUUCCCAAACAUGUUUUCACCAUGUGGACGGCGAACUAUGAUAAGCUGCCAACGAGGGCAAGACUUGCGGGCUGGGGUAUGCAAAUCUCGCCCCUUUGUGCCUUCUGCUCAAACGCAAUGGAAACCCGUGAUCACCUGUUCCUGUCAUGCGCCUACAGCCUUGACGUUUGGAGUGAGGUCUUCGCUAGAUGCAACCCUCCCACCUCGCCAUUCACUAGUUGGGCGGAGCUGCUCUCCUGGAUACGACAGCCUCGCUCCAAAAGUCUUUCUCUGUUAAGGAAGCUCGUUGCACAAACGAUGGUUUUUCAACUCUGGAAACAGCGGAACAAUAUGAUCCACAAUCAUAUUUCUGUCUCGGCUGCUGCUGUUUUUAUUUUUGUGGACAGAGAGUUGAGAAACAUUAUCUCUUCCAGGAGGGAGAAGAAAAGCUUUGCUACUCUGAUGGCUAAGUGGCUGCGCUAG